AACUUUUCUGAAGGACACAACAGUUGGUCGAAAAGCCGAUCGGCGAAGUAGUGUGUGAAGUGUUGUUCCAAAACGCGGUGAAAACGAAAACUGUGGAUUUUGAAUCGUCUGCUGCUUGUGUGAUUGAAUCUGGCAUUGUUUAUGAUAUGGAUUAGUAAGAACAAAUUUGCUGGAAGACGUGUUUUAUUUCACUAUUUCGCAAUUCUUGUGGAACAACUUGCAUUUAUCUUUUGAACUGCAUUGUGGUGUUACCACCGCAUGUUUGGAUUAUGUUGAAGGAUUAUUAAUAUUGAUUAUCAGCUUGCUGGGAUUCUUGAAAUUAAAGGAGAUCUCAUACAACCAACUACCUGUUGAUUGGAUGCCCUAAUGAAUCUGAUGUCUCCAUGAUUUGCAUUCCAUUAUCUUCUCGAAGGGAUUGGAUGGCUUUCCACCAACACCAUAUGAUUGGUCGAUCGGGAUGCUCAGCCAUAACCACAUCACAACGCAUCUGCUCAUGAUGUUUGAAGUGUUUGUUCGCUAAAAUACUCAUUGCUUGAGACUACUUAUAUGGCUAUGGCUUUAAAAUCAAGGCAUAUUACUUCAGUUCUUCUUCGGACGUUACGUUGUCUGCUAUUAUUAGGACUUCUUUUUAAAAGCGGAUUUGCUGAUCCGAAACUUAUUACGAGGGAAGAUUUAAGGACUGGAAUCGAUGUUUUUACACAAAGUAAUGUAAAAUCUUUUGGACAAUUGCUCUUUGAUAUUCAAAGAUACCAAUUAAUUGUUGGCUCUAGGAAUUAUUUAUUUCGAUUAAGUUUGGAAGGAUUAAAAAAACUUGAAGAGUCAUAUUGGCCUGCUAAUGCUGACAACAUACAUGUGUGUCUUCUGAAAGGGAAGAGUGAAGAGGAUUGUAUGAAUUAUAUUAAAGUUUUGGUCAGCCAUGGGAAUAAAUUAUUUGCAUGUGGUACAAAUGCUUUCAUGCCAGAAUGUUCCUGGAGACUUAUUGAUGCUCUAAAUAAUAUUGAAUGGGUACCUGGAGAAGCUAAGUGUCCUUAUAAUCCUUAUGCAAACAGUACUGCUUUGAUAACAUCCAAAGGAGAUUAUUAUAUAGCAUCCACAAUUGACUUUUCUGGACGAGAUCCUGUGAUAUUUAAAGUUAUGGGAAAACAACCUUUACUGAGGACAGUUCAGUUUGACCCUAAAUGGUUAAGUGAUGCAAAUUUUGUUGCUUCAUACGAAAUUGAUAACUUUACAUAUUACUUCUUCAGAGAAGCUGCAGUGGAAUACAUAAAUUGUGGAAAGGUAAUUUAUUCUAGAGUUGCCAGGAUAUGUAAAAACGACCAAGGUGGUCAGUUUUUGUUGAAGGACAAAUUUACCACUUUCCUUAAAGCUCGCCUCAAUUGCUCAAUUCCUGGGAAUUAUCCAUUUUACUACAAUGAAAUUCAGAGUGUACAUUAUAUAGAAAGAGAAGAAAUAUUUUAUGCUACUUUUACCACUCCUGUAAAUAGUAUUUAUGGUACAGCAAUAUGUGCCUAUAAUAUGACAGCAAUAAAAAAUUCAUUUAAUGGAGCCUUCAAAUAUCAAGAAAAACCUAACUAUGCAUGGGAAAGGCAGACAUCACCGCACAGGCAUUUUCAGUGUGAAGUUCCUAAAAAGACAGCAGAACAUGUAUUGGAUUCUGAGAAGUAUCAGUUGAUGAAUGAAGCUGUCCAGCCUAUGACUUCUCAUCCAAUUUUAAGGCUAGAACUUGAAAGAUUCAGCCAUAUUGUUGUGGAUACCGUGCAGACCAAGGAGCACGACAGUGUGCAUGUUAUGUUUGUGGCGUCAGUAGAAGGCAUCAUUAGGAAACUUGUAAUACUUCCUGAUACAAAAGAAACCUGUUUGAUUGAAAAAAUUCAAGUAUUUCCUGAAGGAAGUACAGAUACAAUUAAAGUCAUGAAACUCCUGAAAGAUACAAAUUCAUUGUACAUUGGAACAGAAGAAUCUGUCUUACGAAUUCCUGUACAGAGAUGUGAAAAAAAACUUUCCAGGAGUGAAUGUCUGUCAUCGAUGGAUCCAUACUGUGGAUGGGAUAUUUACAAAUUAGCUUGUAUAGCUGCUCCCCACAGAAAUCCUUUAUCAGCAUUUUGGCACCAAGAAAAAAUAGCCUGUCCUAAAACUGACACUCCAGUUGAUGGUGGCUGGAGUGCUUGGACUAGUUGGCAUGAAUGUUCACAAAUUGGUCAUGGAGCUACAGGAGACAGAUGCAAGUGUCAAAAACGUUUCUGUAACAAUCCAACUCCUGCUAAUGGUGGCAAAGAAUGUGAAGGAACUUCAGUCCAUGUCACUAAUUGCACAAGAGAUGGACACUGGACAGAAUGGUCUGCAUGGUCAUCUUGCUCACAAACUUGCGGGUUAUCAAUUAAAACACGUCGGCGGAUUUGUGGUAAUCCAGCUCCAGCAUUUGGUGGGAAAAUUUGUAUUGGCCCAGAGAAAGAUGAAAUAUUUUGUACAGCAAAUCCUCCUUGCCCAGCUGCAACUGUAUCUCCUAUUGAUGGUCACUGGUCAGAAUGGAGUACAUGGGAAGAAUGCAGUGCACCCUGCGGUGGUGGCAUACAAGUCCGAAGACGUCGUUGUAAUAGUCCGCCUCCCCAGCAUGGUGGGAAGGAAUGCAUCGGCUGCAAUCAAGAUUACAAGUUCUGCAAUUUGCAGUCUUGCCCAGAAGUGAAGAAGUCUACCCCUUGGACUCCCUAUCUAAGAGUGAACCAGACCAAAGAUGGAUAUUUUGAACAGCGUUUAAGGUUCACAUGUCGUGCCAAUGUACCAGAUGAAUCGAUGUUAAAGAUAGGGCACAUGAAAAAAGAAGAGAGGUUCUGUCACGAAGGCAGUAGAAAUUGCUUAGAUUCUGCCUUUUUAAGCAUUGAUGGUGGUUGGUCUGUCUGGUCUCCUUGGUCCUACUGCAGUGCAUCAUGUGGUGGAGGAGUUCAGUAUCGGGAAAGAUUCUGUGAUUCUCCAAAACCAGCAGGCAGUGGUGCAGAUUGUCAUGGUCCUGCUCGAGUGGAUCGUCCAUGCAAUAUUGAAUCCUGCAGUGACUUUGAAGGAUGGGAACCAUGGUCAGUAUGGUCAUUGUGUGAUGAAAACCAAGAGCAACAAAGGAAACGUAAAUGCAAGAUUUCCAUGACUCCAUCAUCUUAUUGCUCUGGUCCCACAAAAGAAAUCAGAAUGUGUAUACCAAGCCAAAUAAAUCCUGCAGCUAGCAGUGACUUCAAAUCAAAAGAAGAUGGAAUUCAUGCAGAACACAUCGUCGCCGGUUUUGUGGUCGGACUAUUCAUCGGUGUGUUCUUGUCUGCCAUUGGUUUUUACGUGUACAUGAAACGCAGAGGCAAUCCUAUGCACUCUCGAGUAGCUACUCAAUUGAUUCCUGUCAAACCAAACACUUAUGUAGAUGGUAAUGAGUGGAAAAAUAACUACUCAAAUACUCUAUCACAAAAAAUACCUCUCAGAGAGGCUGCUACAAUUAAAAGGAAUGGUUCUAUACGGACACAACUGCAAUCCGAAAACUUUUAAAUGCUGCAUGUUCAUGAAAAUUGCGAAAUGAUAUGUCUGUAGAAUUAGUACUAUUUCAGUGUGACAUGCCGUCUGACAGUUUUGAAUACUGAAAGUUCAAAAGUGCAUGUGAAAUGAGUAAUGAAAACUUAAAAGUGCCCAUGAAAGUUCAAAAGUGCUAAAUGUGCCAUAAGGAAUGGGUGACAUAUCAACUCCCAUAGUGCCUCUACAUAGGAAGAACUUUUAUCAAAAUAUUUUUAAGGAGCUUUUAUAAUAGACAAUCAGUUCAAGGACGUUGACUUGUGACUUUGAUUGAAGUUGUGUACAUAAGUCAGAUAUAUUUUUUAGCAUUUAUUUUCUUUUAGAUGAAGUGCCAAGAACAAUGCAAUGGAGAGAAUAUGGAAGAAGAAAAGAGUAUUAGGGUAUGAGAAAAAAGUCGAUGAAGUUUUCUUUCUUCCUCUUGUAUUUGUGUAAACUUUUAAGGAAAAAGUAGAUUAUAUUCUUUAUACUAGACUUGGUAGAUUUUAAAAUUUUUAAUAUACUGAGAAAAUACUUGAUACCUUGCUGGUUUUGAGCAAAAUUAUACUAAGUUUAAUUUUUCUGUAAUAUUUUUGAUACUUUACUUUUUUGUGCCACAAUUGUUUUGUAAUUAAAUAUUUAGAUAAUUUUUUUAUGAACAUAGAUUACUUCUGACUUAAGAAAAAUUAGACCUGAUCAUAGUUCUGAUCCAAACCAGCAACAUAUUUUUUUAAAGUACUCAUCUUAUAUGAAUCAUCGAGAUAAUUUUUAUUUUGAAGUUGAAAGGUAGAAUUUGAACUUUCUUACCUUUAAAUGGUGCAAAGAAAAAAAAAUUGACAUGCUUUUGCAGUUUCUGCAUUUUUUUUCUGCUUACUAUACAGUCCUAAGAUUUUCUUGGUAUAAAAUUGAUUUGCUGAAAAUUAUUUUUAGUUAAUACAUUACAUAAGCUAAAUUUGCUGCAUACAAAAUAUUACAUGUAAUGGAUGAAAUGACUUUAUCAGAGAUAAUGAAUAUAUAUUAUAUCUAAAAUAAACUAUUACAAUCUUACAUGAAUAGUAUUUUUAUUAGCAUUUAAAAUUCAUAAAAAUUAUUAAAGUUCUUCAAAAAAAUUCAUUUUAAUAACUAUCAGGAGACAUAACUUUUAACUUACUGAUAAAGAAAUGUGAAAAUGGAUUUUUACCUUACAGCCCUGAAUAAUGUUAGACUGAGUAAAACAUAGUUUUAUUCUACUCGAUUAUAUUGCAUUAAGCUGAUGUGUAGCUAUUAUGUAUUUGUAUUUCUUAGGAAAUUAUCCUAUUUCUUAAAAAUACUUCUAUGAAAACUCCCUAUUUAACCAUUUCUGGCUAUAAAUUAAUAAGUAACUGAAGAAAAAUGUAAAAAAGGUGCUCUAAUUUGUUUUAAAUAACUUAUAAAUAUUAUACAGUUAAUGUUUGUUUUGUAAGAGUUGUAUUGUCCUAACUGCUUUUUUUUUUGUUAUACAUAUAAAAAUUAUGAACUUCAAAUUUCAAAAAAUAUUUUUUUCUACAGCAAUUAAGUAAAAUUUAGAUAUUAGCUGUAAAUUUUUUUUUCAGUGACAUAUUAGAACAUUUUAAACUUGCAUUUUUUUGUGUGUGCAUUUAAAAUGGUUUUCUAAUAUUUUGAAUAUAAUAGCAAUGAAAAGAUUAAAUAUAAAAUCUUAUUUUAAAGUUUUUAUAAAGACUUGAUUGCUGUAAUAAAUGCAUUUUUAUUAUUUAUUUUCCACCACUGGAAUUAAUAGUGGUUCAAUUAUAUCAUUGUCUUAAGUAUCAACCACAUUACAAAAUGUGUUUAAUCUGAAAAUGUAAUAUUCAAAAAGAAAAAAAUUGAGAUGCAUAUUGAUGGAUUGUCUUUGUUUCUCUUUCUUUUGCCAAAAGGUACUUCACAGUAGAAAUUCAUUUUUCUUUUUUUUUUAAUGAAACAAAUGCAUUACAUUAUUAAAUCAUAGUGUUUCAAUUAUAUUUAUGUUUCUAUUUAUUACUUAUAAAUUUCAAAGCAACUAAUAUUUGAUUGCUAAUCAACUAAAAUAUAUUUAUAAGAGAGAGAUUUUUAACUGAAAUAUCUCAUUUUAUUUUCUAAAAUUUGACGUGGAGAUAUCACAUCAAUUAUAAAAUGUUGAAAUGAACUGUAUUUAUUUAUAUAAAUGAAAUAGAAUUCAUGUUAUGUAAUGGAUAUUUUUGUAUAAAUCAUCAUUUAAACUAUUUUAGGAUUGUGUCCUAAUUUAUGAAAAUGCAUUGUUUUCUGGUUGAUGUGGUGUGGAGAUUUGGAGGGAAGGUACCAUAGCAGGUGUGGCAUCCUCUUUAUCAGGUUAAACCCUAAAAUAGCUUUGGUUCUUCCUCAAAAUAGUGAUGCUUAUUAUAUUAAAUAAUACCAACGUUUUAUAUAGAAAGUGUUCACUCUACUUCUUGUCCAAGAACUUAUUCUAAAUCAUUCAAUAUAUUCUUCCAAUUGGAAAAAAUACUUGUACAAGGGUUCCCAAGUUGAUAAAUAUUGCUAACUAUUUUUUUAAAACUUCACUUUAUUCUCAGUGCAGUGAUUUUUUUUUCAGAGAAGAAUAUCGCACGUUUUUUCUGCAAGAAGGUUUGAUGAGCCAUAAUAUUUUUUUUUCUUUACAAAAAUGUAUUUAAAUAUAAUGUAUAUUUGAAUAAAUAAUAGCAAAUCGCUUGAAAAUCAAAGAAUGCGAAAACUGAGUUGAAUGGUCACGUCCAAAAAGAGUUUCGAAUUAAUGAUUGAGAUCUAAGCAUGGGAAUGUAAUUUUGAGUGAAGUUGCAGGCUCCAGUAAGAUGUUAUACAAAACAUGUAUCGUGAGGCAAAAAGUUCGUUUAUAUACGACAUUUACUCAUUUAAAAGGCGAUUGUUUUGUUUCUUCAUUUCUCGCCACUUGAGUCGCUUGUCUGCGCACUGCGCUUUUUUUUACUCUGAAAGUUUGAAGCCCGCAUCAUAUUUUUGCAUAUUGUAGAAAGAUAUAUAUACCCCCAAAACAUUUAACGUUAUAGGCUGGCAUUAAAAAUAUUGAACGAUAUCGUGAUGUUAAGGUAGAAUAUCCUUUAAGAUAAUAAAUGUUCAAGCUAUUAUUGGGACCCACAGUUUGCAAAUUCCUGGCAUACAGAAUUAUUUUGUAUUCUGUUUGAGCCAGUAAAUGUAGAAUUCAUUAUUUUCUUUAUCAAGUCUUCCAGUUCUUACCAAACAUAUUUAGAAAAAUUAUCUUAUGUCCUAGCUUUUUUUAAAAAAAAAUCAUAAUUUCCUAUCAAAACUGACCAAGUUAUGAAGUUUCAAACUUAGAAUACUUCAUGGAAAAUACUCAAAUAACCAAUUUUUUUCCUAUGGUUUUCAUAAAUUUUUCAACGUUACCAUGUAUUGACCGAAACUACAUAAAAUAUAAUUAGGUAAAUCAUUUAAAUCAUUUUUUUUAAUUAGAAGUAAUGGCCAUCGUUAACGGCGUAGAAAUCAGUUUUGGACCAAGUUGAGAAUAAAAGCCCUGCAUUGAGAUAUAAAUAAAAUAUUCAUAAUUAUAUUCGUUAUUGGCAUCACUUUAUGUUAAAAACUUUCAAUUUUUUUUUAAAUGUCAGAAACCUUUAUUAAAUUUGUUUGAGAGAAAAUCAUUUUCUUAUUUAAACGAUGCAGUUAUGCUUCUAUGUGAACAGUGCCAAUGUUUUUGUUACUUAGACGAGUCUAUUCAAAACUGUUAUUUGUUGUAAAUGAGCUCCAGACAAUUUUUAUAUAUAUAUAUAUAAAUUCAGCGUCUGCUAUAUUGUAUUUGUAAAUGUCAAGUCAUAUAUGUAAAUACCGGACAUUAUAUACACAGCCAUGUUUAUAAUGGACUUCUAUCUGCUUGUAAAUUAUG